AUAACCAUCGAUAGUAUCGAUAGUGCCAUCGACAGUUUGCCACUACUAAUUGUCCUUACGUAUAUACAGUUCAUUUCUAAGUAAAAUACCUUAAAAUAAAAAUGUCAACAGAAAAUGUUAUGGAAACAGCAGGUGAAAAAAAGCCUUUAUUUAGAAAUAUUGAUGCCGACGAUCCUGAUCCAGAAACCACGGAACUAGAGUCAGCAUGUAUGAAUUGUUUUCGCUCUGGCCGGACACGUUUGCUGCUUACUAAAAUACCCUUCUUCAAGGAGGUGGUAAUAAUGUCUUUUAAAUGCGAGGAUUGUGGCUAUGAAAAUAAUGAGAUCCAGUCUGCAUCUGAAAUACAGAAGAAAGGUGUGCGUAUAGAGUUGAGUGUAAAAUGCGCUGAAGACUUAAACAGAAAAGUGGUGCGCUCUGAUUACACAUCUGUUAGAAUACCAGAGGUUGAACUAGAAAUACCGUCUCAAAGUCAGAAGGGUGAAAUAACCACCGUGGAAGGAAUAAUUGAUAGAACAAUAAGAGGUCUAACUCAAGAUCAGGAAUCUAGAAAAAGAGAACAUCCUGACGAUGCGACAGCCAUAGACGCAUAUAUUGAAAAAUUGACUGCUUUAAAGGAAUUACAAAAUAAUUUCACUUUAAUUUUGGAAGAUAUAAGCGGAAACAGUUUUGUUGAGAAUCCUCGGGCACCAUCUUCAGACCCGAACUGUAAAAUUCAUUAUUUUCAACGCUUAAAAGAGCAAGAUCAUAUUCUCGGCCUUUAUUCUCCAAAAACUGUAGCCAGUAUCGAUGAGGAUGGUAAAAAGGAGCCCAGAAAGGACCAAGAAAAUCAAUUGCUUAAACCCAUUGCUGAAGAUGCUUGGGGUAUUGAUGAUUUACAUGGCGAAGUUUUACAGUUUCAAACAUUAUGUUCACAAUGUGGUUCAUCCUGUGAGACGAAUAUGAAACUCACUAAAAUUCCACAUUUUAAAGAAGUUGUGAUAAUGGCAACCGUAUGCGAAGAGUGCGGUUGCAAAACGAACGAAGUGAAAUCUGGUAGUGGUAUUGAGGAGUUGGGUAUACGUUUUGAAAUUCGAGUCGAAGAUAAAGAGGAUUUAACUCGAGACGUGUUAAAAUCUGAAACUUGCUGCCUUAAAAUUCCUGAAUUGGAGUGUGAAGUGGGACCAUCAGCUCUCGGCGGACGAUUCACAACAAUAGAAGGAAUUUUAAUGGCUAUGAAAGACCAACUUCAGAAUGAAGGCUGUUUAUUUCACGAUUCAGCUGAUGAUGAAAUUAAGAAGCGGUUGGAAGGUGUCAUUGAUAGAUUCGAUGAAAUAUUGGCUUUGAAUUUAAAAGCAACUUUAGUCUUGGACGAUCCAGCUGGCAAUAGUUAUGUCCAAUCUUUGGCAGAUGGCGACGAACUGGAUAGCAAAUUAAAAAUAGAAAGAUACGAACGUUCUUUUGACCAAAAUGAAGAAUUGGGUCUUAACGAUAUGAAAACAGAAAAUUACGUAGAAUAAUUUCUACUGAUGCAGAAUAAUAAAACACAUACAUACGUAUACUUUGUA